AUGGCUCAUGAUAAUCUGAAUACGAAGCAUGACAGACGACACAAAUUGAAGCGCCCUUUUUCCUGGGCGAAAAACUUGCUUCAAGGAAAUGGAAACAACAGGCCUCAGGCGUCAGCAGCCGAGACACUGCCUAAGAAAAGCAACACCCACAAUGCUCCGAGUUCUUCGAGCCCAGUAGGGGGUCAGUCCAUUAGUACCGAAAAGGAUCGGACUAGCCAGAGCCACUCGACUGCAAGCGAUCCACAAGCACCCGGUACCCAAACCCAGCCUGAUCUGUGGCAAGAAGCACUAUACGAAGCUCAGAAGUCCACCGACUGGAAAUCCCACAAAAAGGAGUACGAUGAAGCAGUUCAAAAGUGUCUAGAAAUAAACCAAAAUACUUUGAACGGCAAUACCAAUGAUGGAUCUACCAACCUAGCUGAUGCGAUAUCGAAUCAUCUGCAGUCACUUCAGAGACAAGUCCAAGAAAGACAGUGGGGAUACGAAAAUUCCAAGGGCGAAACGAUUUACUUCCGAGACGUUCUAACACGUAUUGUAAAAUGGGUGGGAGUCUUCAAGGAUCCAGGAAAUCAGUUGGCUGGUCUAGAUCCCACCAAAGCAGCCUCGUUGGUCUGGGGCUUUGUACAAUUCUUUGUUGAGAGAGCUGUAGUUUACAGUGGAACCAGGGAUCUGGCCAUUGAUCAAGAGCCCAUUGCGAACCUGCUAAGCCGAUAUGCAUUGAUUGAGAAUUUUCAUCUCAACAAUAACCCAGGGGGCAUCGACAGUGUGCACAAUGAAGUCCGGAAGAAGAUAAGUCAGCUUUCUCUGGUUCCUCACGAGCUCAAGGAGCUCUCGAAUUCGAUUACAACACAGUCAAAUGAGGUUGAGACUAUUCUAUCUGUUAGCAACAGAAAUUUGCUGCAUAAAAUAUUUGAAAAUACCGAACCAAUCAGCCAGAUCGGCAGUCAACUGAAACUGGUUCUAGAUGUGGUCGUGAAUAUCGACAAGAAGAAACAUUCAGAGGUCUUGAAAUGGGUUUCACCAAUAUUACACAUGGACCAUCGUCACUUAAUUCGGCCCAUGGAAGGAACGGGGGCAUGGCUACUCGACCAUCCAGAUUGGCAGGAAUGGAGACAAUCACAGAAGUCAGGAUUGUUCUGGCUGCGAGGGAAAAUGGGGGCAGGAAAGUCAAAUCUGGUGUCUUCUGUGAUAUCUCAUCUACAAAAAGCAAAUCCCAACGGCGAAGAACAUGUUGCAUAUUUCUAUGCAAACCGUACGACCCGAGCGGAUGAGACCAAGUCAGCUGAAACAGCGCUAAGUCUCUACAAAGAGGCUUGUGUCGAUCUGCUUACCGGUAUCGUCAAAGAACAUCGUCAGACAAAUAUUAUCAUCGAUGCAUUUGAUGAGCUAGAGGAUGACGAUGUCAGAAGGGAAUUAUUGGAAUCUCUGAAAGAAGUAACCAACGGAUCACAGGGCUCAGUGGUCAAAAUAUUCAUAUCGAGUCGCGAUUAUGUUCAGAUUCGCAACUUGAUGGAUGAAAGCUGGGCUGCUCGGAAGGAGAUUCUUGUUGGAGAGAAGAACUACCAAGACAUUGAAAAAUUUAUCGAUGAGCGUCUGCUGGUCCUACAGAGAAGGCUUGAUCGGCCAAUCCCAAAAGACAUUAAGCUUGACAUAGAAGCUCUACUGAAGGAACGAUCGAAUGGAAUGUUCUCCUGGGUGCAUCUCUCGUUGAAGUAUCUAUUGAACAUCAACGCAAAGGAUCCAGCUACAUUCGUCGAUGAUUUGAAAUCAGUCCCUUCAAGUCUAGAGCAAGCCUACAAAAAGGUUUACGACUCUCUGCUUCAAGGCCAAAGCCCUGAAAGAACAUCCACUAUUCACCUGAUAUUGUCCCUUCUUAUUCGCUCUCCUCGCCGCACCCAUCCACACAAUAAUAGAACACCGGAGCGCUAUUAUUUUGAGUGCUACGCCGCCGAAUCUUGGGUUCUACAUUCAGCUGGGGCUAGAAGUUUGAGACAGACUUCACCCCUCAAACAAGCAUUGCUCGAGUUCUGGCCACAAGAGGGAAGCACCGGAAAAUCUCCCUUCGAAAAAUGGGCCAAUCGUCUGGAGAGGUUCAAGUAUGCCAGUUAUGUCCUGAGACCAAUCAUCCGUGGAGGUUUCAGAUCCUUGGUCUUGGACUCGAAGCCGACGACAUUCUUCCUUUCCUGUCAAUACGAUCUCAGAGAAGAGGUCGAGAGGCAGCUGUCAAAUGGGUGGGAUAUAAAUGCCAUAGCACCUAGUGUUGGACCGGGACUGUCCUUUGCAUGUAUUGGCAAUCACAUGGAGCUGGCAUCAUAUCUGAUUCGGCGUGGAGCCAAAAUUGUGUUGGAAAACAAUUAUGAAGCCUCGCCUAUUUUUGCAGCCGUUGAAUGCCAAAAUGCGGAAAUUCUGGGAUUGCUGUUGGAUCAUGGAGCAGGCAAGGCACUGCAAUCAGCAUUGGAAAUGGCUUUGUGGGACAGCAGCUGGAAAAGAGAUUCCAACUUACCGUCCACGGUAUCUCCGAGACCGGUGAACCCAAAGGUGAAAAUGUUGCUUGACCAUUCACCCCAUUUCGAAUAUUCUUUGGGAGUGCAAAGAGGAAUGUUCAGCGGAGGGGCUGAGUUGCUUCAAUUGCUUCGCGAACGAAAUCCUUCAUUAUGCUAUACGGAAGAUCUCAGAUGGCACGAGGGAGAAUGGCACGAGGGAGAAUGGCACGAGGGAGAAUGGCAUGAGGGAGAAGAAAACCCACUAGAUGUCAUCAAAUACAUCUUGAAUGAUUUGAAUCCACCUGACUUGUCAAUUUCAAUAUCCGAGGCUGCGGUGUGUGCGGCACUUGAUAACUUCCGGAACGCAAUGAUAUUCACUGAGUUCUUGUUACAAGCAAAUCCUUCUAUGAAGAUAUCUGAUGAUACAAUCCUGCGGGCUGUUCGAACGUCCAACACAUCCGCCAUCGGGGUCAUUGAUCUUCUACUUCACCAUAACCCGGUGGCUCGAAGCUUUUCACUACCAGAUGUCAAGAGUGCAGUGGAUCGUUUCCAUUAUAUCACCAGGCUGAUGGCCAUGCUUUUGAAAUCUUCUCCCGAAUUGGAGGUUGAUCAAGAAAUUUUCACCAAAGCAAUUAGAGAACCCUGGGCCAAUUUUGAAGACUUCCAGGCUCUUCUUUCUCGUGCCUCAAAUAUCUCUCUCACACCGGAGCUUCUUCGUGGCAUAUGUUCGGAUGCAUCUGACCGGGUCAUGCGUGAAGUUGUUAUUUCAAGUAUACCCGAGUUAAUUACCGAUGAACUCUUGAUGGCUGCUCUGGGUAAGGAUUAUCUUUCCGGGAUUCCAAUUGGUGGUUUGGAUUACAGACCUCCGCCUCUGACAAUGGUCGAAUUACUGUCUCGGGCCCCGGACUCAUUGGAAUUGUCCGAAGAGACUUUGUACCUUGUCUGCAAAUCUACUCACUGGAUUAUGAAUCAAGUAUUUGAGCGUUGGCCCAGCGUCCAUUUGUCAGAACGUGCGGUGGAAGCCACUCUGGGUGAUGUACGAAAACUUCGUACCCUUGUGGAUAAAAGGCCUUCAUUUGAGGUCUCUGCUCGGGCUAUCACAUCUUUUUGCGGCUCAUACAAUCAUCCAAAUCCGGUCGACACUCUGAAGGAGAUAUUGAUUUUUCAGCCAAGCAUUAUAAUCACCGAAGAGAUGCUCCUCGCAGCUACUAGUGAACCCCAGGUCUUCGAAAUACUUCUAGGACACGAUCCUUGCGUGAGCAUAACUGACGAGGUGAUUGAAAGUUUCAUUAAAAGCCAAUACUGCAUCCGCUUGCUGCAUAUAAUAUUGGCCGUCCGAAAGGAUUUUCACUUCAGCCCACGGUCUAUUAGUAAAAUCUGUAAUAAAGAUGACUUUAGUGAGGUUUUCGAGGCAAUUUUGGAUGAAGCUUUUGCUAGGUUUCGAACUACCAUACUGGGUGAAAGUGAAAUGCGUGAUAUUAUCACUACAGGUUCUCCCAGAAGUCUUAGGAGGAUACUGUCGCGAAGGUCAGAUGCGAUUGUGACAGAGAAUCUCAUCAGAAAUCUGAUCGAUGGAAUUAAAGCUGAUGAAAAUGGCAAUUUUCUUUGGAGAUGGAAGUAUUACUUUGAGUAUGAGGUGUUUGAUAUGUUGCUAGAUCGAUCUGGCCUGGCGGAUCUCACACGUCAGCUAUUGAAAGCCGAAGUUCGGGGUGUAAUUCAGGAGUAA